AUGCCCCGUCCAAAGCGCACGAAAGUCGCGCCUUCUGCGCCAGCCCCGCGCGUCAAGAAAACCACGAAGGCCGCUUCUCCAGCUUUGGCUGUUCAAAAAGAGCCUUUCAAUGAUCUAUACGAUGUUAGUGAUGCUGAGCAAGAGGUCGUUACGAGCGCACGACGUGUGAAGAAGGAUAAUGGCAAGGGGAAGGAAGUGGCUGCGUCUACACCGCGAAGAUCCAGAGCUGGACAGAAUUCUCGUGAGUCCGAGAGCAGAGAAACCGAAACUUUGGGCAAUAGGCUAGGAACAGGUCGCAAAUCGUCAAAGGACCAAACGGAAGAAUCGCUUCUUCCGGAAAUCGACCUCGAGUCCAGCAGUCCUGCGGUAGAGGUGGGUAGGAGAGAGCGCACUACAUCAGCGAUUCAAGACAGUUCCGCGCUUGCGAUUGGGAAUUUCAAAAGACGCACGCGUCAGCGCAGCAUUCUCGGCCGUGGCCCUGGACGAGUAAGGUCCAGCAGUGUGGAGUCAAAUCUGGCAGAGAAUAAUGGACUCACGAGCGCGGGAAGGAAUAACAGGUCCGCGUUGAGCAAUUCCAAGAGGCGGCCUAGAGAACGUAGCAUGAUGGGACGAGAUCCUGCACCCGUUGCUCCAAGCAGCAUGGCUCUUGAGAUGGAGAGAGGGACUCCAGCGCAAGUUGGUUCAGCAAUGAAGAUUGGUGCGUUCAAGCGCAGGGAGAGGGAACCUAGCAUACUACGGACUGCUCAAAAGCCACAGCCACAACAGUACCUGCAGUUCGAUAACGAUGACGAUGACGAGUUCAACCCCGAGGACGAGUCAACGCCACUGAUCCUUUCGAAGACAAGGAAUAUGACAAGCUCCUCAGGUCCGUCGUCGUCCAUCUCGAGGAAACGAAAGCUGUCGGCAGUUCAAGCACCUCGAUCAAGUCCACCUCAAGCUUUUCUUGAGGAAAUUGAGGCAGAGGAGACCAUUCCGGCGACUUAUCCUUCUAGCGACGAGGAGGCCGGAGAGGAAGCCAGAGAGGAAGCCGAGCUUUCCCCCGGAUUACCGAUGCCUUCAAUUGAAGCACGGAACGACACCCCAGAACCUAUGAGCGAAACCAUGGCACCUCCCCAAAGUAGCAGCUCAGUUCUCUCCAGCCCCUCCCUCGUACCUCAAUCACGACGAGCACCACCUAGAGGUCGGCUUCAUGCAGCUGUAGCCUCAACACGGAAACCAAAGCGUCCAGCCCCUCCACCCAGCACAUUAUCUACGGCCCAGCUCCAAGCUCUGCUACCACGCAGACGCACCAGACACGCUACUCGUGGUCCCUUUGAUAUACCCAGCUCGGAAGACGAAGUCGACGUCUCUCGGCUAGCAUCCGACGACGACGAACUCUCACACCUCAAUGUCCAAGCUCGCGCCCGAAGACAAGCCAGCGCUCGAGUACGGACCCCCGCCCCCGUCAAGAAAGCAGCCAAGAUCCACAAACCCACUCCCAAGUCCAAGUCCAAAGUCCCCGUGAAGCGCACGUAUGGAGCAGCGAAAGCCAGUGCCACGUCCGAUAAAGAGAACGACGCCGAGGAAGGAGAAGUUGAAGAAGCCGAGGUCGAUCCCGACGACAGCCUCGCGCCGAUGCCCGACGAUGAUGCGAGCCCGGAGGACAGCCAGGAGCUGGAGAAGCGGGUCGGCAGGGAGCUGAAGAGGGCGGCGAGGAAGUUCCAGGAGGUCGAUCGCUGGGAGCUGGAGUUUGAGGAGAUUACGGCUAGUAGUUCCUCGCCUACGGAUGCGCGGUGA